UGUAGAGUGGUUGAGUUGCCGUGUCCACGUUUCACUCUCCAUUUCACUCGUCGCACUUCUCCGGCCUCUCGCCUCCUUUGGAACGUAAAAAUGGCAGCUUCCUCGCCGUCUCUCCAUCCGCCACCGCCGGCUGCGGCCUCCGCAACCCUGGCCGGGAACCUCACGGCCUCAUCCCUCCUCUCCAUCCCGCCGCCGCGGCCCCUCCUUGCCGCGGUGCACCGGCGGGCGGUCGUGGCCGCGGCGGCGUCGCCCCGGCCGCCGCCCCCACCGUCGCCGGAGGGGGACGGCGACGAGAAGGAUGCGGAGAGGGCGAUGGGGAUGGACGGAGGCAUCCCCGGGACCUCCGGCGAGUUCCUGCGCCGGGUCUCCUCCCGCGCCUACGGCAUGCGACGCCACCUCAUGGAGUCGCUUGACUCCCUCGCCUACGACGUAUUGGAGACAAACCCAUGGAGAGAAGAUUCCAAGCCAGUCUAUGUACUGGCUAGAAGAGAUAACCAUCUAUGGACAAUGAAAACGCGCAGGAACCGCAGCGAAGUUGAAAGGGAACUUGGAAUGCUUUUCUCAAAGGGAAGGGGUUCAGGAGUUGGGACUAAAUCAAAGUACUCUGGCUCCAAGUUUAACAUGCUUGUUGAAGAUAUCAGAGAGGGAGUACUGGUAUUCGAGGAUGAGGAUGAUGCUGUUAGAUACUGUGACAUCCUGCAGGGUGGCGGUCAAGGCUGCGAGGGAAUUGCAGAGAUAGAAGCUUCAUCAGUUUUCAAUAUGUGCCAUAAUAUGAAAGCCCUUGCUGUUCUUUUCCGCCAUGGAAGGACUCCUCCAUCGCCUCAAAGCCUUGAGCACGACUUAAGGGCGAGAAAGCGGUCACUGGAAGACUAGGAUCGUUGGUUUACAUUGUAUAGAACUUAAUUGUAUUCAUCUAGCUGUUGAAAGCAUAGGCCCUAGGCCUUGUAUACUACAUAGCACAUAGAACUCCCUGGCUAAAAAUGAAAGAAGUCUGACAGUAAACACGAAUAUUCUUGUAAGCAUAGGCCCUAGGCCUUGUAUACUACGUACCCUGAGACUAGAAAUUUAUGUGAAAACGAUUUUUUCCUGUAAUUAUGUACAUUCGAAUGCUCCAUUUUACAAUGAAUAAAUGUGAUUAAUUAAGUUAUUACUA